CUGUGUUUUCUCCGCACUCUGCUUUUUCUUUUUUUUUUUCUGUAAUAACAAGGUGAAAAAAUGCCAUGCCUCAGCUCAGCAGCUUCAGGAUUACCGGACCUCAGCUCCGAAUUCAAGCCCGUUCUUUUCGAAACCCAAUUGAACCCGAAAAUUAACCCGGGUUUCGUCCAAGAACCCGACCCGGAUGCGUGUGAAUUGGAGCCCCAAUUUAUGGAGCCCAGCGGCGACGGCGGCAGACCAGAUGAAUUCGGAGCAAUUGGAAUGAAUCCGGGACCGGGACCCGACCCGGAGAAGGAUUUGGGCUAUUUGGACCAAACGGAGCUCCGAUUGACUGAGGUUAACGGCGGCGGCGGUGGUGAUGGAAUUGAAAGGGCGAAGGCAUGCAGAGUGAAGGGGCCCACCACCACCUCAAAACUUGUCCUGGAAGGGUCUCAUAUGAGAAUUGAGGAAGGGGUUUCUGAAUUCAAUUGUUCCUUGCCCUUUCUCGUUGGAGCUCCGAAAUCGGUCCAAUGCGGUGUUUGCCAAAAUACGGUCUAUCCCGAACAGAGUGUACUGUGCACUGUUCGUGGUUGCCGGGGUGUUUUUCACCUGACGUGUGCAAAAGAAAGUCUUGGUUUGUCAUCUUCAAAGCAAUUUAAGUGCCCUCAACAUGCGUGCUUUUUGUGCGAGAAAACGAAUCAUUUGUGGAGAUGCAUAAGAUGCCCGAUAGCAUGUCAUGACAAAUGCGCUCCGUUUCCGGAGAAUGUGAUCAAUUGUCCCGAUCGACCAGGUGAAGCUUGUGACGUUUCGGCAAACAGCAUUAAGGACAUAUUCUCUCUCUUGCCUCUCCCGUACGACGAGGAAGAGUUCAAAAUCGACAUUAACUGGAAAGACCAGACAGAAUCUAAGGUGGAGCCACACCCGUACGUUCACAUCAAGCGUAACGUGUACCUCGUCAAGAGAAAGCGUAGUAACGUCGAUGCUGAUAUCGGGUGCACGAACUGUACCUCUACAGAAUGCAACGAUGGUUGUGUAUGCAGGGUUCAGUGUAUCAGCUGUUCAAAAGCUUGCCGUUGCUCGAAAAAUUGUGCGAAUCGACCCUUUCAGAAAAUGAAAAAGAUCCGUAUUGUCAAGACAGAAAGCUGUGGUUGGGGUGUAGUUUCUGCUGAACCAAUCAGCAAAGGAGAUUUUAUCGUAGAAUAUGUCGGAGAAGUAAUUGAUGAUGUCAUGUGUGAAAGAAGGCUGUGGGAUAUGAAAGAUCAAGAUGCUAAGAACUUCUACAUGUGCGAAAUUAAUAAAGAUUUUGUGAUCGACGCAACGUUUAAGGGAAACGCUUCGCGGUUUCUUAAUCACAGUUGUGCCCCUAAUUGUAAACUCGAGAAAUGGCAGGUUGAAGGGGAGACGCGUGUGGGCGUCUUUGCAUCUAAAGCCAUUGAGGUUGGAGAACCAUUGACCUACGAUUAUCGAUUUAUACAAUUCGGGCCGGAAGUUGAGUGUCGGUGUGGAGCUGCAAACUGUAACGGGUAUCUCGGAACGAAAAGGAAGAUUAUUUUUGGACCAAAAUCGAAAAGGAAGAUGGAGGUAUUGGAGUUUUCAUGGGGUCCUAAAAGACAAAGGACUUCUAAAAGAGUGGUGGGGAUUAUUCUAAAUUGAUUUUAAUUAUUGGAAAAUUUAAAUUUAAUAAUUAAUUAAUGGAAAAUCUCUUUAAUGGUUUGUAUAUUGAUUGAUGUUGUUUGUUGUGAGUGAACACAUUAAUUAUAGCAAGAUGUGAAUGAACUACAGUUUAAUUGUUAUUACAAUUGAAGAAAAAGUUUUUUUUUUUUUU